AUGGCUGACGAAAUUACUAGAGCCGAAGAUAACAACAGAGGUGCUGAAAAUGAUGCCGUAGAAGAUGUACCGGCUGCAGAAGAUUUAAUCAUUUUAGAAAAUGUAGAAGCUGCAGAAGGCGCUCAAAAUUUAGAGGCUGGUCUGGAAAACCAAGGAGAACAAGCCGCAGAGGAUGCUCAACAGGAUCAAGAUGAUGAAACGAUAGUGGCUGUUCUGGACAAUCAAGAUAUACAAGAAGAUCAAGCUGCUAAUGUUAAUGAAGAUGCUGCGAUUGUAGUUAACCCAGAACUAGUACAGUGUCCAUUAUGUCUUCAAUUCUUUAGAAGCGUAAGGGGUGUACAAACUCACAUGGCUCGAAGUGCCGUAUGUAAUCAGGAUCGCAGAAAUAUUUUUACAGUGGAUCAUCAACUGGCUCUCAAUCCUAACCUAGGUCAAGCUCUCAUUCCUGUCCCAAGACGUAGACGUUCCCCUACACAGCAACAAGUUGAAAAUGUUUCUGUCAACAUAUUCGAAAUACUCUUUAUGUCCUGUUCUUGGGCUGCCUUUUUGGCCGAAAAAAUAUUUCUAUGUAUUGCGUGUGUUUUCUUUUUUAUUCUCAUUCUAAGCAACAGUAGCUUUCUUACUUUUGAUGACACCCUUGCAUCAAAAGCGGCAAGUUUCCUGGAAGAAUUCCAGCCCAAUCCAAUCGGUACUGCUCUGAGUACUGUCGGGUGGAUAUUUACUUUUUUGAUCGACAAAAUAUUUCAGUAG